CAAGUCCCUCAUUCUGUUCCUGAAUCCACUCGCUUGGCUGUGUCUCGGAUAUCAAGGGUGUGAGCGUAGUUGGGAAACCAGCGUACGGAGAAGUUGGCGAGAUACUUUAGUGCAGCUGUCUAUUAGCUUGAAAUUGUUGUGAAGUGAGUAGAGGUGAUACCAAGAUGCAGAUCUUUGUGAAGACCCUGACGGGGAAGACCAUAACCUUGGAGGUCGAGAGCUCGGAUACCAUCGACAAUGUGAAGACGAAGAUACAGGACAAGGAGGGGAUCCCUCCCGACCAGCAGAGGCUCAUCUUCGCCGGGAAGCAGUUGGAGGAUGGGCGGACGUUGGCCGAUUAUAACAUCCAGAAGGAGUCCACCUUGCACCUUGUCUUGCGUUUGAGAGGUGGUAUGCAAAUCUUUGUGAAGACCUUGACGGGGAAGACGAUCACGUUGGAAGUCGAGAGCUCGGAUACGAUUGAUAACGUGAAGACGAAGAUUCAGGACAAGGAGGGGAUCCCUCCCGACCAGCAGAGGCUUAUCUUUGCCGGGAAGCAGUUGGAGGACGGGCGUACGUUGGCAGACUAUAACAUUCAGAAGGAGUCGACGUUGCACCUUGUGUUGCGUUUGAGAGGUGGCAUGCAAAUAUUCGUCAAAACGCUGACGGGGAAGACGAUUACGUUGGAAGUUGAGAGCUCAGAUACUAUUGAUAACGUUAAGACGAAGAUUCAAGACAAAGAAGGUAUUCCACCUGACCAGCAACGAUUGAUUUUUGCCGGAAAGCAGUUGGAGGAUGGGCGUACUCUGGCCGAUUACAACAUUCAGAAGGAGUCCACGCUUCACCUGGUGUUGCGCCUGAGGGGCGGUAUGCAAAUAUUUGUUAAGACGUUGACGGGGAAGACUAUCACAUUAGAAGUGGAAAGUUCUGACACCAUCGACAACGUGAAGACUAAGAUUCAGGACAAAGAAGGAAUUCCCCCGGAUCAGCAGAGACUUAUCUUUGCCGGCAAGCAACUGGAAGAUGGUCGUACUUUGGCUGAUUACAACAUUCAGAAGGAGUCCACCCUGCACUUGGUCCUGCGCUUGAGAGGAGGGAUGCAAAUAUUCGUGAAGACGCUUACGGGAAAGACUAUUACAUUGGAGGUGGAGAGUUCUGAUACCAUAGAUAACGUCAAGACCAAGAUUCAAGACAAGGAAGGUAUUCCACCUGAUCAGCAACGGCUAAUCUUUGCCGGAAAGCAGUUAGAGGAUGGUCGUACUCUUGCAGACUACAACAUUCAGAAGGAGUCCACAUUACAUCUUGUCCUCCGUUUAAGAGGAGGUAUGCAGAUUUUUGUGAAGACUUUGACUGGCAAGACAAUUACUCUAGAGGUUGAGAGCUCUGAUACCAUAGACAACGUGAAGACCAAAAUCCAGGAUAAAGAAGGUAUCCCUCCUGACCAGCAGCGUCUGAUUUUCGCUGGGAAGCAGUUAGAGGACGGUCGUACUCUGGCCGAUUACAAUAUUCAAAAGGAGUCUACCUUGCACCUUGUUCUUCGUCUAAGGGGAGGGAUGCAGAUUUUUGUAAAGACUCUGACUGGAAAAACAAUCACUCUUGAGGUUGAGAGCUCUGAUACUAUUGAUAAUGUUAAGACUAAGAUCCAGGAUAAGGAAGGUAUUCCUCCCGACCAGCAACGGUUGAUCUUUGCGGGCAAACAGCUGGAAGAUGGUCGUACUCUUGCUGAUUAUAACAUUCAGAAGGAGUCUACCUUGCAUCUGGUGCUUCGCCUCAGAGGAGGCUAUUGAAGAGUAAUUGUUCGUACUGAUAGUGGACGUUUGAACAGUAGAUAGCUGUCACAGCCAUGUUGUGCCCAGCUCUGUAGAAGUUAGGCUGUUAAUAGUGUGUAAUGUCCCUAUUCAGUAAACUCUUUUCUGUAAGCCGUUUCUGAAAUCAUAUGCUACAAUCUCUCUGUUCGUGCGAACUUUCACAUUUA